ACUGAGGCACCAACAACUGAGGCUGAAUCUCCCACCACCCCAAAACCUGAGGAGACAACCCCUGAGGCAACUGAGGCACCAACAACCGAGGCUGAAUCUCCCACCACCCCAAAACCUGAAGACACAACCCCUGAGGCAACAGAGGCACCAACAACUGAGGCUGAAUCUCCCACCACCCCAAAACCUGAAGACACAACCCCUGAGGCAACUGAGGCACCAACAACUGAGGCACCAACAACUGAGGCUGAAUCUCCCACCACCCCUAAACCUGAAGACACAACCCCUGAGGCAACUGAGGCACCAACAACUGAGGCUGAAUCUCCCACCACCCCUAAACCUGAAGACACAACCCCUGAGGCAACUGAGGCACCAACAACUGAGGCUGAAACUCCCACCACCUUAAAACCUGAAGACACAACCCCUGAGGCCACUGAGGCUGAAUCUCCCACCACCCCUAAACCUGAACACACAACCCCUGAGGCCACUGAAGCUGAAUCUCCCACCACCUUAAAACCUGAAGACACAACCCCUGAGGCAACUGAGGCACCAACAACUGAGGCUGAAUCUCCCACCACUCCUAAACCUGAAGACACAACCCCAGAGGAAACCACAAUGACGGCAGACUCCCCCACCACCCCUAAACCUGAAGAGACAACCCCAGAGGAGCCAACAACCAAGGCUGAUUCCCCUACCACUCCUAAACCUGAAGAAACAACUCCAGAGGAAGCCACAACCAAGGCAGACUCUCCCACCACACCUAAACCUGAAGAGACAACCCCAGAGGAAACAACAACCAAGGCAGACUCCCCCACCACCCUUAAACCUGAGGAGACAACCCCAGAGGAGCCAACAACCAAGGCUGAUUCCCCUACCACUCCUAAACCUGAAGAGACAACUCCAGAGGAAGCCACAACCAAGGCAGACUCUCCCACCACUCCCAAACCUGAAGACACAACCCCAGAGGAAACAACAGCCAAGUCAGACUCCCUCACCACUCCCAAGCCUGAGGAGACAACUCCAGAGGAAGCCACAACCAAGGCUGAGAGCCCCUCCACCCCUAAAACAGAGGACACAGUCUCUCCGACCACCCCUGCAGCCCCCAAGGCUGACACCACCGUGGUACAGACAACAACACCCACUGCAGUGACAACCUCUGCCCCCAGAUUAGUCUCAACUGCUGACAAAGACACAGCAGCUCCCAGCAGUGCUGCAGCCACUACAGCUGAGAAGGACACUCCCACACCUGGAGCAGACACAAUGCUUUCAGAUACCACAAUGGAGAUCAAGGAGGUAACAACACCCAAGAAAGACAGAACUACUCUGCUUAAAGACAUUUUAACAGCCACAAUUGGGAAAGACUUGGCUACCGUAGCUGUGGUGACAACAGCUAAGCCAGGUGACUCUCCUAAAGGUAUGGAUGACAUUCCAGAUGCGGCCAAACAACCUGUCACUGCAGCAGCUGCAUCAGAAGCAACAACAGCAGCCACAGCUCCCUUGCCCAAGCCCGCAACCACCAAAGCAGAGUCAACUCCUGAACCCAGCAAGGUGGUAACACCCAGUGAAAAAGAGACAAGUACAGAAGUGGAGCAGGCUGCUGCAGCUCCAGAGAGCACAGGUGCUACUUGUGUGGUGGUGAUGACAGCAGCUGGCAAAAAAGAGGUAACAACCACCAAAGAAGUGAGCACCACACCUGGCAGAGAACUGGAACAGGUCACUGAAAAGGCCCCUGGUACUGACAAAGCAGAGGUAACUACAGUUGCCAAAGAAACCACUACCAGGGAUAAAAAAGACACGAUAGAAGAAAUGUAUCUUGUUUCUAACGGGACAUCCAAGCCAACAAUACAUUUCCAGGAGGUCACUGAGAGCAGAGAGGAGCCUCAUCCAACUGACCCUGAAACUCUGCCUGUGAAAGAACCCGAGAUAAACAAGCCUUUAAUACCAAUUGGGGACCUGCCAAUGUUACCUGGAGAAACACAAGAGAGGAAGGACGACGAGAAGGACCUGUGCAGCGGGAGGCCGGCGGACGGCAUGGUGGCCCUGCCCAACGGCACCCUGGCCGUCUUCCGAGGUCACUACUACUGGCUGCUGAACGGCCGGAGCCCGCCGAGCACCAACCCCCGCCGCAUCACCGACGGCUGGGGCAUCCCCUCCCCGAUCGACUCCGUCUUCUCCAGGUGCAACUGCGAUGGGAAAACCUUCUUCAUCAAGGGCCCCCUGUACUGGCGUUUCACUAAUGGAGUUAUGGAUCCAGGCUAUCCCAAACCUCUUGCCAAUGGAUUUGCAGGGUUAAGUGGGAGAAUAGUAGCAACCUUACCUGUGGCAAGAUUCAACAACAGACCAGAAUCUGUUUAUUUUAUCAAGAGAGAUGGGAACAUGCAGCAGUAUGUCUACAGACAAGAACCAGCCAAGAAGUGUCAGAGAAGAGCACGGAUUACCAUCAGAUACCCAGCUUUUGUGCCAAGAGUUGUCAUCCGGAGGCGCUUCCAACGUGCCGUGCGGAUGCCGACCAUCAUCCGGACUGUCAGAGUCAACCCGCACCCAACUGGAGUUCUGCGCAAGGAAAUCCGAAUGCAAACCUACUGGAGAGGCCUCCCCAAAGUCAUCCACUCAACUCUUUCCAUACCCAACCAGAACAAGCCCGAUGGUUACGAUUACUAUGCCUUCUCUUACAAUCGGUACUACAGCUUGGAUAUUGGCAAAAGAAUAGCAAGACCUGUUACUGCUCUCACAGGAAAGACUGUAUCCAAAGACUGGUACAACUGUCCCAGCAAGUGAUGCACAGCAGAGGAUUUUAAAAAAGAGAUGCCAUUUGAACGUCACCAUUUUUUC